AUGAUGGCUGAUACAUCAAUGACUGAUACUCAUUCGACUGAUCAGAAUAAUAAUGAUGACAAGACAAACGUUACUGAUAAUAGUGACGAAAAGAACGAUAGUAUCGACAAUGAAUCAGACGCAACAACAAGAAAUUCGUAUAAAAACUUUCAAGAUACAUCGAGUAACGUUUCCAACGGUGUUAAACGACAUAAAAAUCGAUUUUGUUCCUCAUCCAUGAAUCAACUUGGCGGAGAAUUUAUCAAUGGACGGCCCCUACCAACCGAUACGCGAGAGCGAAUCGUUGCUUUAGCUGAAAACGGUGUGCGACCAUGUGAAAUAAGUCGUCAACUACAAGUGUCACAUGGUUGUGUUAGUAAAAUAUUAAAACGGUACGUUACGCUUGUCUCUUCUUCUUCUUUGCGCAUAGUGUAUCGUUUAUUUGGUACGACUCAUCCGGGAUUAAUUGGCGGUUCGAAACCAAAAGUGGCAACGCCAGAUGUUGUUCGGCGCAUUCGAGAAUACAAAGGCAAUAAUCCCCAAAUCUUUGCCUGGCAAAUCCGAGAAAGUCUACAGAAAGAGGGCAUAUGUCCAGCUGAUAAACUACCAAGUGUGUCAUCGAUCAAUCGAAUUGUUCGCAGCAAUCGACGAAUCGUUUUCAAUAAUGAUGGUACCAUAACUGAACUUGAUUCUGACUUUGAUUCACGGGACGGAAGUGAUAAUGAAAAUGAAAAUUCUCAAAAAUAUGAUACAAAUCAUGUUUCGUCAUCUUCAUCAUCUUCUGUUAGUUCGUCAUCGCCUCGUUCAACUAACAUUCGACAUCGUGGUGAUUGUCGUUGUGAUGUUUGUAUCAAAAAAUAUAAAUUUGCUCCUUCAUCAAUGCAUAAUCCAAUGAAAAGUUCAUCAACGAAAUCAACGAUAUUUGACAGCGGAGAGAUGCAUAAUAAUGAAAACGAUUCGAACAGUAUGUCGAAUGAGGAUCCGACUAAACACAGGAUAACAUCGCCACCAACUUCAUCGUCACCACCACCAGCUACACAUUGUAAUUCAAAUGUUCAAUUCAAUAGUGACGAUGUUAAACCAUUAGAUCUUUCAAUUUCAUCGAAACAAGCCAAUGAACAACCAUUGAAUUUAUGCUCGAAACGUAAACGACACACACCUGUGAGUCUGUCAUCAUUGAAACGUAAUAAAACUCCAUCAGUUGGAACUGAUCUUGCUUCCGCGACUGACACUACAACACCGGCUGCCGCUGCCGCCGCCGCCGCCGCAGCAGCAGCAGCAUCGUCAAUGUUUAUUCCAUUCUAUGCCAUAUCACCGUUCUUCGAUCCUUCAACAGCAAACCAACAAGAAAUAUUCCAACAAUUUCAAGCAUUUUAUCUACAAUUACAACAACAACAACAACAACAGAAAGUAACGAAUGACACAACAAAACAUACAACUAAUUGA